AUGAAGAUUAAUUCUGCCAGUUAAUAAAAGUUAGCAAUGACUAGGCCAUAGACUACCCCUCAAAAGGCAGGAUAGUCACCUAUAAAGAAAAACAAGUAUUUGGUGUAAUCAGGGGUGUCAUCCCUAGCUAAAACUGAUAAUAAAGUCUCAAAAUCAACUGCAUUGUCACAUGAUUUAAUAUCUUUGAUAAAGAAUGGAGGAAAUGGUCAUCAUAAUAGUCAGCAAUUGGAUAGGAAAUAGAAUUCUCACAGCAAAUUCAUUCUUGACAUAAAUGAUGCAAAUUAAAAAAAAAUUAGACCUAAUUCAAGACAAUAAAUCCAACAUUUGGUUAAAAGUAAGAAACUAGAUAGCAAUCUUAAAUAUCAUGAGGAGCUAAUUCAAAAGCAAUUUCAGAAAUUAUUCGAAUUACAAAAGCAACAUCAACAAACUCACAAAUCCCCACCUUAAAUACAUAAUAGAGCGAUGAGCAAUGGCGAUUUGAAGCCUACUAGCGAUAUUGCCAAUAAGUUGAUAGAAUAUAUAAAGAAAUAAUCAGCCAAGAAAAUAAAGGGUUAUAGAUCAAUAUCCAAUCCAGACAUCAUCGUUACUGAUAGAAGAUUGAUAUCAAAAUACGCAGUGAAAACUCAAGCUGGAAUGUUGCAUACAAAAUAGGAGAAGGUAAAUUAGGAUUCUUAUGCAAUUCAUGAAGGAAUAGGAAACAUAGAUAAUUCAUAUCUCAUAUAAGUGUCGGAUGGACAUGGAGUGAAUGGACAUGAAGUUGCUUAAUUUGUUUAAGAACGAUUGCCGAUUAUUAUUGAUUAGUUAUUAAAAUCUCAUAAAAUUGGAAAGAAUGAUUAGGAUAUGAUGAUAUAAGUGAUUUUGAGAUAAGCAUUUGAAAGAACAACAAAGGAAUUAUAUACUUCAGGAAUAGAUAUCACAUUUAGUGGAGCCACAACUGUUUGUUUAUUGAUUAUUGAACAUGUGGGAUGGUGUGCUAAUAUUGGAGAUUCAAGAGCUAUUUUGGGAAGAUAGAAGGAUGGAUUACAUGUAGUUGAAUUGUCUCAUGAUUAAAAACCUGAUUUACCAAAGGAGGAGAAAAGAAUCAUAUAAAAUGGAGGAAGAGUACAAGCGUAUUCUGAUGAAGAAGGAAAUCCAAUCGGUCCGGCUAGAGUUUGGUUGUUAGAUGAAAAUAUUCCAGGAUUGGCAAUGUCUCGAAGUUUUGGAGAUUAUGUGGCUGCUUAAGUGGGCGUAAUAUCUAUUCCAGAAAUAAUUAAACACACAUUUUAAAAUGACAAAUUCUUAAUCAUGGCAUCAGAUGGAAUUUGGGAGUUUCUCGAUAACAAAUGGAUUGUUGAAGUGGUCUAUGGGUAUUAUUUGAAAAAUGAUGCUGAAGGAGCUGUUGAAAGAUUGGUCAAGGAAGCCACAUAGGCAUGGUAAAAGGAGGAUGAAGUUAUAGAUGAUAUCACUUGCAUUGUAGCAUUUUUGAAUUGA